AUGAUUGCAACACCAACCUUAAACAUUUUCUCCAAUAAUAAUAAUUAUACAUCAUAUACGCCGCAUCCUUCAUCAUCUCAAAAAACAAGUAUUGAUCCUCGUCUUAUACCAGCUCUACCAUCGAAAAACCAACCUUCCUGCUCAUCUAUUUCAUUAAUUGCUCAUGCAGCUGAAAAUAGAACACUAGUUACCUCAAACGAUUCACAGGCUCAUUUGACAUCAUCGACAACAAUCAGUACCCCUUCUCUACCCAGAUCAAACAGUUCGACCUGA